UUGACCUCUGAACUUUACAAUGUGUUCAAUCCCUGGGCUUCCAACACCAGGAUCAGAAGUACCCGUUCUCAUCACAAGAGCCAACCUAAACCCAGAUUGUGGUCUUGUGGAACUAUGGGUUAACAUGGAUGAUGGAAGGAAGCAUAUUUAUGAGCAGAUGAGAGAGGACAUUCAGAUUCCUAAAAGGAAGUUUAAUGGACCAGAAGGAAAACCAGGGGACCUCUGUCUGGUUUGCAUCAGUGACACCUGGCACAGAGCUCGGAUUGUAUUGAUUGAGAGUGAAACUUACAAUGUUUUUCUAAUUGACCAGGGACAGCCCCAUAACACCACAAGUGAAGCUUUAGCAUGGGGACAGAGCGACAGUUCCGUCGUUCCUCCUGAAACCGAAUCAUGCAUACUCGCAAAUGUCCUCUCCCUUGAGAAUAAGUGGUCUGUAGCAGCCACAACGUUUUUGGUGUCUCUGCCUGGCAAGAAGUUUAAGGGACUGGUUCAACAUGUGCUGAUGCCUGACAGGAUCAUUCUCCUCGACAUACCAAUUGUUUCCAAGCACAUAUGUAAAUGUGGAGUUGCAAAGAAGGUACCUGUGGAUGAGUUCAAAUGCCUUGUACAGAAAUGUCUUAAUUUACCCAAAGGAGAGGGUUAUGAGUCCUACUGCAUAACAAAGGAACAAAAUCUGAAUGUUGAUUGCCAACUUGAGAAGCAUGACCAAUACUUUUACCCAGAACUAUUAACUGCCAGUUUUGAAACUAUUAACGUGACCGAGGUAAAUAAUCCACAGAAAAUCUUUUGCACACUCCUAAUUUUUUCCAAGGCAGUAAAGAUAUUAUCAGAACAGAUCAACCAGCACUAUGAAGAGAGCUCAGAUUUAGGAGAGGCGCAACCAAAGACCGGCGGGGAUCCAUGUGCUGCUAGAGGCUUAAACGGCAGAUGGUAUCGCUCGUUACUGAAACAAGACAUGACUUGCGAUGGUGCUGUAGAAGUCUUGCAUGUGGAUGAAGGAAAAACUGAAUUAGUUCCAGUUGCAGACAUCAAACCACUGCAUGGAAAGUUCCUGAGAAUGCCAGUGUUCACAUAUCCCUGUUCUCUUGAUGGUUUAAAAGAUAACUGCACAGAGUGGACUACAGACCAGAUUGACUACUUGAAAUCACUACUCCUGCACCAGACUUUUGUGGCGAGGUUUGAACACUACAAUAUAUCUCAAGAUGUCUAUUAUGUCACUCUCUAUGAUAAUGCUGAAUGCAUAAACAGUAGUUUUAUGGAGAAGGCAAGACUUUUUCCACUCACGAAGACUGAACAAGAUCUUAAUGUGCAUGAUGAAUCCAUUCCCUCACCAUCUCUCAGCUCACCUGGAGAUUCUUUACUAGAGGAAACUUUGCCAAACGCCAAGAAAAUAGCAGUCAAUAACCGGACAGAUGAUCUAGUCCCUUCUGGCGCUGAUGAUACCCAUAUGAAAUAUGGCUCAGAACAUCCAGACCCUCUAGUAGAAAGCAAUGGACAUCUUCCAACAGGUUACCCCUCUGAGGUGCAAAAUGCCUGUGAUGACAAUGUGUUGACUGUAGGAAGUAGUGUCAAUGUAAACAUAUCUUGCAUUGAAAGUCUACAGAAGUUCUGGUGUCAAGAAACAGAAAAUGCUGACUCACUUAGACUCCUUAUGCAAGACCUGCAAAACCACUAUGCAUCCACCCACCCUCAGCCACUUGUCGAGUCUGCCUUUGUAGCCCGUAAUCCAGAAAAUGACAUGUGGUACAGAGCAAGGAUCAUUGCAAGUCACCAUUCUCCUGUUGUAGAUGUGAGAUUUAUAGACUAUGGUCAAACUCAAAAAGUCCCUUUGCGAGAUGUGCAGCCCAUUGAUCCAGCUUUCUUGCAGCUGAAUGCACAGGCUUUUCAAUGUUGCUUAUUCAAUCUUAAGAAUCCCAUGAAUCCCACUGCCGUCACUGAGUUUCAGAAGUUUGUGGAUUCCAGUGCUCUGUCAAACAUUGGGUUGAAAUGCAUUGUAAAAGCAGUAAAGUCUGAUGAAGAAGGUCAGCUGCUUAACAUCGUAGAUAUUGAAACACCAUCUGACAGUGCCUCUGAGCUUCUGGCUCAGACAUGUUCACAGGAUGAAGCUGACAUGCAAAUUCCUCCCCAGAUCUCACCAGAUGCAUACACUUACUCCACACACAAUAUUGAGGUCGGUGGAAAAGAAAAAGGGUGGGUAUGUUCUUCAGAGAAUGUCAAUCACUUCUACUGCCAACUGGAUAGGAAUUUUCCUUUAUUUGAGAAAAUGACAAAAAAUGUUCAACAACUCAUUGGCCAGCAACAGUUCACAGAUCAUUCACUUGGACUUAAUAGUACUUGCUUUGCUAGGUACUCUGAUAAUCUGUGGUACAGAGGUCAAGUAGUCGAAGUCUCUCCAAAACUUAAAGUGCACUUUGUGGACUUUGGUGAUACCUUUGUAGUGAAUGAAUCUGAUAUUAUCCCCUUUCCCACUGAAGCCACUCUCGCCAGGUCUGUUCCUGUGCAGGCUUUUCCACUUGGACUGUUUGAUGUCCCUGCAGACGUGCCACAGGAAGUCAACCAGUGGUUUGCAGAUGAGGCCAUUGGCCAUAGUUUCACUAUUUCAGUGGUAGCAAAAGGGACAAAAGGGAAGCUAAUCGUUGAACUCUAUAAUGGAUCUCUGAAUGUAAAUGUGAUAGUCAGAGAGAGGAUAUCACAGAUCAAGCAACAAAAAAUGACUUGUCAGCAGACUGACCAGCAACUUUCUAACAGCUCAAAACAAGCUACUGUGCCAAAUGAGGACUCUUUAACACAAGAUCUCAUGAAUCUAUCUUUAAUAACUAAGAUGACAGAACAAGAUAAAGUCAGCAGCAGUAAUGGAAUGUGUGCAAGAGAUGAGCUAAAGAUGAGUUCACAAUCCAUAACUAAUGUAUCUGCACCACAGAUUAAACAUGAAAAGACAUUGGGAGAAGGAAGAAAAACAAUUUUGGAUGUAAUUAUUGAAGACAUAGAAACUGUGUUGACAGAGACUUCCAUAGAAAGUGGCCACAGUGACUCGGAAAUGUCACAACUUUCCCUUUCUUCUUGCCCAGAGGGAAAUGUGAACAUCUGCAUGUACAAGAGACCAAACGUAAACAAGACAGAGAUGGUUUACGCCUCUUGUAUUGUUGAACCCCGUUUUUUCUGGUGUCAGUACGCCAACACAGAGGAGCUCAACAAAGUGUCGAAGCUUGCUCAGGAAGCAGGACAGGCCCAGCAGGAUAAUAUGUUCCCCAAGACUCUUGGUCCUGGCAGUCCAUGCCUCGCUCUGUUUUCCAGUGACAGCCAGUGGUAUCGAGCUCAAGUGAUUCACAGAGUUGACGAUGCAUUCCAUGUUGUGUUUAUUGACUAUGGAAAUGAGUCUGAUGUUGACAUCAUGAAUGUGAGACCACUGCCUCAGAGUCUGCUGGAGGAAGCCCCUCAGGCCUUUUUGUGCUCUUUGAAAGGAUUUGAUGAGUCUGAGGGCUUCUGGGAUGACAGUGUGUAUGAUGACUUCUACAAUCUCUUGGUUGAUAAACCACUCAGAGCGACAGUGUUCAAUAUGGAAGACCAUUCAGAGAUUGCAGUUCCUGAAUAUGCAGUGCAAAUAGAGUGUGAAAACGUGAUUGUCAAUGACACAAUGCAGAAAUACUGGAAACCAAUUUGCACAGAACAUGUUAUGACAGAAAACCUACUCCAGGGUGGUCAAACUGAGUCCAACAGGGCACAACUUAAUGGUUCCACAGAAUAUGUGAACACUUGCAUGUACAAGUGUCCAAACAUCUCCAAAAACAAAAAAGAGGAGGUAUAUGCGUCUUGUAUUGUGGAACCCUGUUUCUUCUGGUGUCAGUACACCAAUACAGAGGAGCUCAACAAAGUGUCAAGGCUUGCUCAGGAAGCAGGACAGGCAGAGCAGGACGUACAUUUCCCUAAGACUCUUGGUCCUGGCAGUCCAUGCCUCGCUCUGUUUUCCAGUGACAACCAGUGGUAUCGAGCUCAAGUGAUUCACAGAGUUGACGAUGCAUUCCAUGUUGUGUUUGUUGACUAUGGAAAUGAGUCUGAUGUUGACAUACAAAAUGUGAGACCACUACCUCAGAGUCUGCUGGAGGAAGCCCCUCAGGCCUUUUUGUGCUCUUUGAAAGGAUUUGAUGAGUCCGAGGGCUCCUGGGAUGACAGUGUUUUUGAUGACUUCUACAAUCUUCUGGUUGAUAAACCUCUCAGUGUGACAGUGUUCAACAUGGAAGACCAUUCAGAGAUUGCAGUUUCUCAAUAUGCAGUGGAAAUUGAGUGUGAGGGAGUGGUUGUAAAUGCAGCAAUGCAGAAAUACUGGAAACCAUUUGCAGAAGAAAGUUUUUUGAUAGAAAGCCUUGAACCAGAAACUUUCCUCGAUGAUGUUCAAACUGACUCCAACAUGGCACACCUCAGUAUUUCCAAAGAAAAAAUUAAUACAUGCAUGUACAAGAAUCCAAACAUUUCUAAAAACCAGACAGAGAUGGUUUACGCCUCUUGUAUUGUGGAACCUAAUUUCUUCUGGUGUCAGUACGCCAACACAGAGGAGCUCAACAAAGUGUCGAGGCUUGCUCAGGAAGUAGGACAGACAGAGCAGGACGUAAUGUUCCCUAAGACUCUUGGUCCCGCCAGUCCAUGCCUCGCUCUGUUUUCCAGUGACAACCAGUGGUAUCGAGCUCAAGUGAUUCACAGAGUUGACGAUGCAUUUCAUGUUGUGUUUGUUGACUAUGGAAAUGAGUCUGAUGUUGACAUCAAGAAUGUGAGACCACUGCCUCAGAGUCUGCUGGAGAAGGAGCCCCAGGCAUUUUUAUGUUCUUUGAAAGGAUUUGAUGAGUCCAAGGGCUCCUGGGAUGACGGUGUUUAUGAUGACUUCCACAGUCUCUUGGUUGAUAAACCUCUCAGUGUGACAGUGUUCAACAUGGAAGAUCAUUCAGAAAUUGCAGUUCCUCAAUACGCAGUGGAAAUCGAGUGUGAGGGAGUAGUUGUGAAUACACUGAUGGAGAAAUACUGGAAAGUUCUGGACACAAACCAUGCCUUGGCAGACAGGGUGGGAUCAGGUGACCAGGAUGAUGAGAACGGCGUUUAAAGUCAUUGAAAAGCUAUGGAAUGAAUGCUCCGGACCGAGAUAACUGCCCAUGUGGAAAUCCAGUUACAGAGGGCUCUUGACUUUUGUGAACAGACAGUGCAUGUUUGUCUCGUUAGAAAUGUUUCCAACUCUAAUUUUACUAACUAAAUGGAAUGAA